AUGAGCAGGGAAGGAGAUUGGAUGUGCCCUUCAUGCCAGCAUAUGAAUUUCAAAAAACGUGACACGUGUCAACGAUGUAGCUGCCCUAAAUAUGCCGGGACUGAUGUUUCAGCAUCGUAUGGAAUUGGUCGAACGGAGGUAUUGGCAGGGGACUGGUACUGCAAUGCCAUUACCUGCAAAUCUCAUAACUAUGCCAGCCGAAAAAGCUGCUACAGGUGUGGUGCACCAAAAGAUGGCGACUAUGGUUUUGGUGGUGGCAUGGUGGGAUCGACAGGAUAUGGAUACGAGGCCAGUGUCGUUCCUGGUUGGAAAACUGGUGACUGGAUGUGUUCCAGACUAGGAUGUGGUGCGCACAACUAUGCCAGUAGGAUGGAAUGUUUCAAAUGUAGAACACCAAAGGACUUUGGAGGUGCAAUCUGAGUGAAGCAAUUUAAGAGAAACACUGUCUUCAGUUGAAUCCCAGAAUUUUUGCAGUUCGGAACCUCCAAACACACGUUUUCUUUUUCCUGCUGAUAUUUUUUUUUGUUUUGUUUCACUUGUAUUUCCUCUUCAGUAUAAUAAGCUGUAGUUCAUGAUUGGUGAACCAUUUUCAUCUACAUUGCCAUGUAUCUG